CUGGUCAAAGUUAGUAACUUGACCCAGACCGUGUAUUUAAAGCAUGUUUCUUGUGCACGAAAAAAAUGUCUUGGGGCUACAAUUAGGGGGAUCCAUAUGGACAGAGAGGACCGUCGGAGCACCACCCCUUUACGCCUGAAACCACAUCUCGAACCGCAAGAUGGGCGGCGGAGACGAGAUUCCCAGUAGGCGGCAGAGCAAGUCCCGGUCCAUGUCAAAAAGGGGAACGUCCAACAUCACCUCCAACGCGGAUAGGAGCCGGGACCGGGCCAGCAGCCCUCCCGCCAUGUCGCAAUAUGCCGCAAGGGGCCAAGCAGCCCCGGGUGAGGAAGGCCGGCGGCCGAGAGGGGUGACGGGUCUCGGCCCGCGCAGCCCCGAGCCGAGCCUGCAGGACAUGAUCCGGCGGCAGCUCGAAAAGUCCCUGGGCGCCCUGCUCCUCGGCUACUCCUCCAGGGGCAGCCCGCCCGGCGUGCUCCAGCCCGACGGCACCGCUGCCCUGGCCGGUGACAGGGGCUUUGGCACUGUCGCCGACGGCAGCUCGGCCGCUUUCCGUAUGGGUAUGGGCAUGGGCGGCGGCGGCGGCGGCGGCGGCGAUCCGGUCCCGUUCGGCCUACCGCACGACCCGGCCGAGACCAGAAGCCCCUCAGCAACCGCGUCGCCCCCAACCCUCUCGUCAGCCCCCACGCUCAGGCCGACGCUGCACUCUCCUCCCCCAACCCCCGCCGCGGCAUACCUGGAUAACGACGAAGAAGACGACAGCGGCGUCUCGGACCCCGCCAGCAGCUCGGCGUCGGCGUCACUCUCGUCCAGCUACGACGAGAUCACAGCCGCCGACUUCGCCCCCUCGCGCCCGCCCGCCGGCGGCUACUGGGCGCACGAGGAGUGGGCGCGGCGGCGGGCGGACGCGGAGCGGCGCCUGAACACGGCCCCACCCAGCCCCUUCACUACGGGGGGUCUGCUGGCGCCGGCGGCCGUCGAGGCGGUGGCGGCCGAGGUGGCGGCGCACGUGACGUCUGAGGCCCGGUGGCGGCUGUCGAGCGCGAGCCUCAGUAGUAGCUACGCGACGAGCUCGUCGUCGUCGGGCGGCGGCAGCAGCUACGUCAAAGUCGACGCCGUCUCGGAGCUGCUGGACCGCGACGCCAUGGGCGGGUGCUGCGCGCCGCCGUCGUUGUCGGACGGCGAGGCGGCGCAAUUUGGCACCAGGGCCGGUCUGUUUCGUCCGCCGGGGUCGUCGGCGUCGCAGGCGCAGGGCAGGGGUACAAGGGGCUUUUGGGGCCGGCGCUGGCUGCAGGGCCGGCAGCAGCGGGCUGGACGGCGUGGCAGUGGCGGUAGGGGCGCCAACCUGAUGUCGCCCGAGGCCGACAAUAUCGCGCCGGCAGAGACGUGCACGGCCAAGUGCUCGUGUGAGGAAGCUGACAGCGGUUUCGUAGUGCUUGACCACCCUUGAGGCCUCGUAGGCUGACGGCGGCCGGAGAGCGAGGCUGGAUGAUCGAGGUAGGCGAUUUGGAAGGGGA